AUGGAGACAAUUCGCGAGUAUAAAUAUUUGGAAGGUUUUGGAAACCAUUUUGUCUCAGAAGCAUUACCCGAUGCAUUACCCAAAGGUCAAAAUACACCGCAAAAAUGUCCGUAUGGUCUUUAUGCCGAGCAACUUUCUGGAACAGCUUUUACCGUUGAUAGGAAACACAAUGAGCGAAGUUGGCUUUACCGAAUUCGACCAUCAGCAUGCCACAAACCCUUCGAGAAAUUUCAACAACCUACAGACAUCGUGGGUCAAUUCAAUGGCAAGGAAAUAAAUUUUAAUCCAAAUCAAACUCGUUGGAAUCCUCUCGAACUUCUCAAUCCCUUAAAUUCUUUACAUCGAGAGGGCGUAAAUUUUAUCAGCGGAUUACACACUCUCGCCGGUGCCGGCGAUCCAUCGGUUAAACAUGGAUUGGCAAUUCAUAUAUAUAAUGCGAAUCAAGAUAUGGUCGAUAUUGCGUUUUAUAAUUCCGAUGGUGAUUUCCUGAUAGUUCCGCAACAUGGUCGUCUUGAUAUCACGACGGAAUUUGGAAGAAUGUUGGUAACACCUAAUGAGAUUACAGUUAUUCCGCGUGGCAUUAAAUUUUCUGUAAAUCUUCCGGACGGGCCAAGUCGUGGAUAUAUUUUAGAGGUUUUUGAGAACCAUUUUGAACUACCCGAUUUAGGUCCAAUAGGUGCGAAUGGUCUAGCGAAUCCACGUGAUUUUCUAACGCCCACCGCAUACUAUGAGGACAGAUCAAAUUGCGAAUACACUAUAAUAAACAAAUUUGUCGGGCAAUUGUUCAUCGCAAAGCAGGAACAUUCACCAUUCGAUGUGGUAGCGUGGCACGGAAAUUAUGUUCCUUAUAAAUAUGAUCUCGCUAAAUUCAAUGUCGUAAAUUCUGUUUCGUUUGAUCAUCUAGAUCCAUCGAUAUUUACGGUGCUCACUUGCAAAUCUGCAUUUCCUGGUACUGCGAUAGCAGAUUUCGUGAUAUUUCCUCCCAGAUGGGCUGUUCAAGAACACACAUUCCGAAUCCCUUAUUUUCAUCGAAAUUGUAUGUCAGAAUUUAUGGGACUCAUUAAAGGUUCAUACGAAGCUAAAUCUAAAGGGUUUCUUCCUGGUGGUGCGAGUCUUCACAAUUUCAUGACUCCACAUGGUCCAGAUGCCGUUUCUUUUGAGAAGGCAAGUAAUGAAGAACUAAAACCUGUUCGAGUGGCCGAUGGAACACAGGCAUUCAUGUUUGAAUCAUCCUUGAUGUUGGGUAUGACUUUGUGGGGUGUAUCCAACAAGAUGGAAAUCCAAAAAGAUUAUUAUAUGGGAUGGCAAAAUUUAAAAAGUAAUUUUAAUCCCAAUGUUAAAGCAAACAAAUGA